AUGAAAAAGAACAAGGAUAAGAUAUUUGGUUCUAAUACCAUUGUGAUAAAGAAAAAAACUAUUGAAAAAGAAAAAAAAAUAAUAAAAGAAAAAAAGAAAAAAAAUAAGAUAAAAAAAGAAAACAAAUCUAAGAAUACUAUUGAAAACUCAACAAAAGAUACUCGAACUAAUGAAAAUAAUACAAAAAAUUUGACAGAGGAUUAUCCUAAAAUUUCUAAAAAAAAUAAGAAAUAUUCUAUAAAGCAAAAUGAGACAAAAAAAAAACCUACAAAAGUGUCAAAAAUAUUAAAGAAAUUAAGUUCAAAAAAUGAGCCUAAAAAAGAAAAAAUUAGUUCAGUAGUUGAAUUUUUAAACAAAAAUGAAACAAUUGAUUCAAAAAUAAAUGAUAAAAAAAAUGAUAAGAAAAUAACAAUGAAUAUUAAUUCAAGUAAUGAUAAAGAACUAAAAGUAUCAAAAAAACCUUUACCGCAAAAUAAGGAUGGAGAUAAAUCUUUAGAAAAAAAUAAGAGGACUGUUUUUGUUGGAAAUAUUCCCUUAAAAAAUGUAACAGGCCCAAAACUACUAAAGAUAUUGAAUAUUAAACGUUCUUUAGUUGAAUCAAUUAGAUUUCGAUCAUUGCCAUUAGAAGAAAAAUAUGCAAAUAAGAAAAAAUUAGGAGUUAUACUUAAAAAAUUUACAGAUGCUAAAGAUAAUAAAAAUGCAUUAAUAACAUUAAAGGAAGAAGACCAUGUACCUAUUAUUUUGAGUAGAAAUGGAACGGUGUAUGAUGGUUAUGUAUUAAGAGUUAAUAGAAUUGGAGAUAAUAGUUUUUUUAAUAAAAAAAAGUCUGUAUGCAUAAGAAAUUUACAUAAACAACUAAAUGAAAAAGAUUUAUAUGAACUCAUGAAAGACGUAGAUGAAAUAAAAGGAAUUCGAAUUUUAAGAGAUAAUAUAACAAGCUGUUCUACGGGAGUAGCUUUUAUUUUAUUUAAAAAUAGAAGUUCAGUGAAGAAGGCUAUUGAGAUGUUUAAUGGAAAAAUGAUAAACAAUAGGCCAAUUGUUGUUCAAAAGGUGCUUGAUAGAAAUGAAAUAGAUAAUGCAAAAAAAAAAAACAAAGAAAUAAUGAAGAAAGAGAUUAAUAAAAAAUUUAAAAAGUACAGAAAAAAAAAAAAAAAAUACUUCAGAAAAAAAAAUAGAAUAGAUAAUAAUGUUGAAACAAAUUAA